AUGCGUGAACGUCUAAAAAAGAUUCAUCGACUACUUCACAAAGACAAGAAGACUGGGAAAGAGAAAGCCGGCAUUGAUCAAGCAGAGGACCAAAGAGACAGCACGACGAAUGCUAGACCGUUAACUAGUAGCCAGGCUGCAAUCCCACCACUCAAGUCAAUCGAAAUCUCCCAGCCAAAAGACCUGUGGCAAACUGCUUAUGACCAGCUCGAUGAGAAGCAGCAGCAGAUUUUGUUACGCACACGAAGUUCUUCCGAGUUAAAGGAUAAGAAAGCUGGCUCGAGAGAGCUGGUCGACGAGAUAAUCCACGUGACAAAGCUGCAAUACGAGGCAUACCAGCAGAAGUCAGAUACUACACUUCGGAAGACUUCGCGGAAGAUCAUCGAUGCGUUACUUUCCUAUAAGGAUUUCAUUAAUGCGGUUGCUGGACUUGACCUCACACAUCAUGCAGCCAGUGCUUGGGCGGUCGUGUUGUUUGGUUUGGAAAUCUCCCAGACUCACCAUGACGCACGAAAUGCAUUGUUUGAAUCAUCGGAAUACCUGGCCGAUGUCAUUACACAAUGCGCCUUUAUCGAACAGAGAUUCUAUCUAGACGGCGAUUCAAAUAUUCGAGGCUAUGUGGAAACCGCAAUGAUUAAACUCUAUAAGGCUAUUCUGCGCUAUUCAGGACAGAUUCGGAAAUCCCAAGAGCCUGGCGUCAGGAGAAACCUCUCGGACUGUUUCACUGCUAUUACUGGGCAUCCACUCACGGAGCUUAAGGCCUCAGUCGAAAAAGAAAGAAUUGAUUUAGGCCGGUGGAUCGAGCUUAGUGGAUACUUGCACCAUAAGAAGGAGGCAGAAAACCUCCUUCUGAAAAUCGAUGAGGUUGGCGAAUCCCUGAAUCUUCUUCUGGAACAUUCCAGUCUUAUGCAUCUACAUGUUGUGGAGGGAGCAUUAUAUGACUGUCGUGUUCAUGAACAUGAGGAUUUUUGCCUUUCAGGGACCAGAACCGAGCUUCUUUCCCAUAUCACUGAUUGGGCGAAUUCCGAUGAUAAAUCCAUUUUUUGGUUGAAGGGGAUGGCAGGAACCGGAAAAUCUACCAUUGCACGCACAGUUGCAAAAGAGUUUAAAGAACGAGGACUGCUGGGACAGCUGGUAACUAGACACAGACAACUGGUGCCUGACGUCUUAGACGCCAUCAAGGCUGAUCCGAUGAUCACAUCGAAAUUUUUAAAAGAUCAAUUUGACCAACUUCUCUAUCGGCCUCUUCUAAAGCUACAACCGGACCAAUCUAUCACGACUGUGAUCGUUAUUGACGCCCUAGAUGAAUGUGAUAAGAAUGAUGAUAUCAAACUUAUACUUCAUCUCUUGUUCAGAUUACAAGAAAUUCAGUCGGUGCGCUUACGAGUGGUCUUGACAAGCAGACCUGAGCUUCCGAUCCGUCAGGGUUUCCAGAAAGAAGACAACUAUCAGGGCCUAGUUCUCCAUGAGAUUCCUGCUCCAGUAAUCGAACACGAUAUCCGUUUGUUCCUGGAACAUAGGCUUUCAGUAAUACAGCGCGAACACUCACUUCCUUCCAUCUGGCCUGGGAAUAAACACAUUGAGCAACUGGUGCAGAUGGCUGUACCUUUGUUCAUCUUUGCGGCUACUCUUUGCCGCUUUGUUGGGGAUGAGGACUGGCUUCCCGAAGAGCGUCUUACGGCCGUUCUUCAAGAUGAAGCAACAGAAUCGACAUACGACAUGGAUAGGACAUAUCUACCAGUACUGAACCAACUCCUUGCCGCGAAAAAUAAGAAGGAAUUUGAGCAACUCUUACAGGAGUUCCAGAAUAUUAUCGGCGUGAUUGUUCUUUUGGCUACCCCUCUUUCAGUUGUCACUCUUGCGCAAUUGACUGGGAUAACUGAGAAUAAAAUCGUCAAUCGAUUGAAAAGAUUUCAUUCCGUCCUUAGUGUACCAGUGGAUCUCAGAGCACCGGUUCGCAUUCUGCAUUCUUCAUUUCGAGACUUCUUAAUCCAUACAGAAGCUGAAUUUCGUAUUAACGAGAAGGAUACACAUCGACAGAUAACAUUAAAUUGUAUCCGCGUGAUGCAAACUCGGCUCGGGCGCAAUAUCUGUGAUUUAGCAAGUUAUGGAACAGAGUUCCAGGAUAUCGACCCUCAGAUCAUCCAGCAGCGCCUCCCUGCUGAUUUGCAAUACUCCUGCCAUUAUUGGGUACAUCAUCUGGAGCAGAGCCAGGGUAGCGUCUCUGAAUCUGAAAUUCUCUCUUUUCUUCAAAAGCGUUUCCUUCAUUGGUUGGAGGCACUAGCUUUAAUGAGAAAAGUAUCCGAGGCGGCAAAAAUGAUAAAGACACUAGAGUCAAGCACAUGGAUAUCACAGAAGAAAGACAAUCCUGCUCUUUCGGGGUUUUUAUAUGAUGCAAGAAGAUUUAUUCUUCAAAAUGCUUAUAUGGCUAGCAUUGCUCCACUGCAAAUUUACUGUUCCGGGCUAGCUUUUGCACCAGCACAAAGUGUGAUCAAGAGGACAUUUCUUGGCGAGAUAUCAAAACAGAUACGGCCGCUACCAGCGGUGAUGGAUUCUUGGAGCACUACUCUACAGACACUAGAGGGCCAUUCACGUUGGGUUAACUCAGUGGCCUUCUCUCCCGAUAGGCUUACCCUGGCAUCGGGCUCAAACGAUAGGACCAUCAAGCUCUGGGAUCUAGCAACCGGCACGCAGCGGCACACGCUAGAGGGCCAUUCAAAAACGGUUUAUUCGGUGGCCUUCUCUCCCGAUGGACUCACCCUAGCAUCGGGCUCGGACGAUAGCACCAUCAAAUUCUGGGAUCUGGUAACCGGCACGCAGCGGCAGACACUAGAUGGUCAUUCAAAAUCGGUUAGAUCAUUGGCCUUCUCUCCCGAUGGACUUACUCUAGCAUCGGGCUCCUUUGACGACACUAUUAAGCUCUGGGAUGCGCCGACCGGCACGCAGCGGCACACGCUAGAGGGCCAUUUAGAUUCGGUAUGUUCAGUGGCCUUCUCUCCCGAUGGGCUUACCCUAGCAUCGGGCUCCUACGAUUACACCAUCAAACUCUGGGAUACGGCGACCGGCAUCCUGCGGCAGACGCUAGAUGGCCAUUUAGAUUCGGUUCAGUCGGUGGCCUUCUCUCCUGAUGGACUCACCCUAGGAUCGGGCUCCUACGAUAGGACUAUCAAGCUCUGGGAUAUGGUAACCGGCAGGCAGCCGCAGACGCUAGAGGGCCAUCUAAAUUCGGUUCAUUCGGUGGCCUUCUCUCCCGAUGGACUUACUCUAGUAUCGGGCUCCUAUGAUAACACUGUCAAACUCUGGGACACGGCGACUAGCACGCAGCGGCAGACGCUAUUUGGCCAUUUAAACUCGGUUCAGUCGGUGGCCUUCUCUCCCGAUGGACUUACUCUAGCAUCGGGUUCGGACGAUUAUACUAUCAAACUCUGGGAUAUGACAACCGGUACGCAGCGGCAGACGCUAGAAAGCCAUCUAGGAUUAGUUCGGUCGGUAGCCUUCUCUCCCGACAGACUUACCCUAGCAUCGGGCUCCUACGAUAACACUAUUAAGCUCUGGGACACGACGACCGGCACGCAGCGGCAGACGCUAAAGGUCCAUCCAUAUACAGUUAGAUCAUUAGCCUUCUCCCCUGAUGGACUCACCCUAGCAUCGGGCUCCUACGAUAACACCAUUAAUAUCUGGGAUAUAGCAACCGGCACGCAGCGGCACACGCUAAAGGGCCAUUCAAAAUCGGUUCAUUCGGUGGCCUUCUCUCCCGAUGGACUCACCCUAGCAUCGGGCUCGGACGAUAGCACCAUCAAUCUCUGGGAUAUGACAACCGGCACCCAGCAGCAGACGCUAGAGGGUCAUUCAGGUUCGGUUAGUUCAGUGGCGUUCUCUCCCGACGGGCUUACCCUGGCGUCGCGUUCGGUCAACAGCACCAUCAAGCUCUGGGGUAAAGCGGCCGGCACACAGUGGCAGACGCUAGAGGGCCAUUCAGAUUCUGUUAGAUCAGUGGCCUUCUCUCCAGAUGGGCUCGCGCCAGCUCUCGAAGAAGCUCCUGGAAAUUUCCAGAUAUCAUUAUCGAAUAACUGGGUUAAGAGUCCGGGAGGUGAAAAUUUACUAUGGCUCCCUGCUGAGUAUCGUACAUUCGCAUGCCAGGCUAUCCAGGAUGCCACACUUGCACUCGGGUAUGAGGAUGGGCGGGUCUUGAUUACGGGAUACCAUGCGCAUAUAGUAUAA